CUGAUAUUACAAUGCUGUACUUUCGACGGAUUACGUUUCUCACAAGAUGUCGGAGUAACGAAUGUCGGUCCAGGAGAAGCGAUCACUGGAGGUGAAGUGAUACGCGAUGGUCGUCAAAUCAGCUUUGACGUGAUUGCAAAUGUCAGAAAGGUCAUGGAUGCCAACACCCAUGAGUAUGCUCAUCUGCUCAUAUUCUACCAUUCAUUCAUCCACCUAAAACUUUGA